GAGCAAUUUUUGGUUUACGUAUGGUUCUUGAUGGAGUUGGCUGUGGAUCAAGUCAUGUUUCAUGCUCUCAUUCUGGUUCCUAUUCUUUAUCUUCUAGGCGUCUCCAGUUAAGCAGGCUGAGUCCUUUCCAAUUCCAUGUACUCACUCACCGGCUUCUUGUACCAAAACAGCACCCUUCUUUCUCAAUAUAAAUCAAAAGCCAUUUUGGGUCUUUCAUUUGCCAAAUCUCCAAACAAACCCUCUCUCUCAUUCUCAUUCUCUCACAAAUCCACCAAUCUCCUAAUCUCACAAAACCAAAUCAUGAUCCGACCCUCCCCCAUCAACCCAGCCGACUUCCAAGUCUCAACCAAGAACGGUUUCCUCCCAGAAGAACUUCCCCUAGAAAUACUGAGCAACCCCUACUAUGAGCCCUGGGAAGCCGUAAUCAAAGAUCUUUCAACUCUCCUCUCCACAUCCAGUCUCCGGGAAACCGUCGACACACUACCAAUCCUUACAACUACACACCUUAUAUCAGAACCAGAAUGGCAACGCGCAUAUCUGAUACUAGCCUUCCUAACACACGGCUACAUAUGGGAAAACGGCGGGCCAUCAGAAGUAAGUCUCACCUCCACAGGUCCCAACUCUAACCAAAACACAAAAACAAAGAAAGAUGCAAGAGACUAACGAAGAACCCAGCGUCUCCCAGCCUGUCUAUCCAUCCCCCUCCUCCGCAUCUCAACCCACCUCUCCCUCCCCCCAACCGCCACCUACGCCGCCUUCAACCUCUGGAACUACGCACCCCUCAGCCCCAAUCUCCCCCUAAACCAGCCCGAGAACCUCCGCUGCAUCCACACCUUCACAGGAACAGAAUCAGAGUCCUGGUUCCUACUCAUCUCCGUAGCCAUCGAAUCCCACGGAGCCCCCCUAAUCCCGCUCAUGACCUCCGCCCUCUCCGCAAUGGCAACCAACAACUCACACGUGGUCCUAAGCGCACUCUUGCGACUCGGCUACAUCGUGCGUGAGAUGGGGAUCUUGCUACAUCGCAUGAACGAAAGGUGUGAUCCCAUGGUCUUCUACACCGAAAUCCGCCCUUUCCUUGCGGGCAGCAAGAACAUGGGACACGCCGGUCUUCCCCAAGGCGUAUUCUAUGAAGAAGGCCUCGACGAGGAAGGGAACGAAAAAGGGAAAUACAGACAAUACUCCGGCGGCUCCAACGCCCAAAGUUCCCUCAUCGAAUUCCUCGACAUAAUCCUCGGCGUAACGCACACCCCAUCUCCCCCCUCUAACCCCACCAAAACCACCUUCCUCUCCGAAAUGCGUUCCUACAUGCCGGGUCCCCACCGCGCCUUCCUGUCGCACCUCGAAGCCUCCCCCUCCAUCCGAGAAUACGCACAAGAUAGCGCGAUCCCCGAGGUAGGCGAGGCGUACAACUUCGCGGUCAAGGAAUUAGAACGGUUUAGGGAUAUCCAUAUCCAGAUUGUGACGCGGUAUAUUAUCCGGCCGUCGCGCGCGGUGCAGCCGCCGGCGGUGCAUGGGGGGAUUAAUAUUGCGGUUGCGAGCUCGAGGAGUGUGGGGACGAAGGGGUUGAAGGGGACGGGGGGGACGGAGUUGAUGCCAUUUUUGAGGCGGGUGAGGGAUGA